AGGAAACUCGAAAAAGAAACAAGUCACCGGUGGUUGGCAAUGGCCGCAGUCUGGUUGGCACAUGCCAGACUGAGUGAGAAAGCAGCUGCGGCGCACAGAGAAAGCCCCGGCGGCGUUCAAAACCCCAUCCUCCCUUCCCAGCCAGAGUCGCCGCCGGUCGAUCGGCAAUGGCGUCGUCCGCUCGCCCCCUCCUCGUCCCCAAGCCCGACCCCGACGCGCCACCGGCCAUCCCGCUCAACCCGGACAUCUUUGCCGCGUCCCCGGCCGACACGACGCCGCUCACCGCCGAGAUUUGCGCCUUGCUACGGCGCGAGCUGGAGCCCUCGCCCGACGACCACACCGAGUUCGCGCAGCGCCUCCGCCUCACCCAGCAGCGCCUCGACGACAUCUCCGCUCGCCUCUGCUCCACGCCACCACCGCCUCCCCCGCCUCCGCCUCCUCCGCCGCCUCCCGUGCCCUCGUCGCCGCCUCCAUCUCCACCCCCGCCACCGCCUCCACCACGCACCUACCCGACGCGCUCAACCACCAGCGCCAACCCUGCGCAGGCCUCUUCCUCGACCGCCAGCGCCAGGAGCAAGAAACGCCCGCGCGGCACGCCCGGUGCGGAGAUGGUGCGGGCCACCGUCACCACGGCGGCAGACCUCCUACUAGUCCGCAACGUCUCGCGGCGCGCGCGGCUGACCUUCGAGGCGCUCCGCGGGCACUACACCCGCCGCGGCAGCACCCGUCCCGACAUGGCCGCCCUGAGCACGAUGCUCUCCCGAAACCUCUGCCUCUACCGCGACAAGCGCAUCGUGGGCCCGGUCCCGGGCGUCUUCGUGGGGGACGUCUUCAACUACCGCGCCGAGCUCAUCGUGGUCGGCCUCCACAACCACACGCAGGCCGGCAUCGGCUACGUGCCCGCCAGCCUCGUCAGCGAGGGCCACCCCGUGGCCACCAGCAUCGUCUCCUCCGGGGGCUACCUCGACGACAGCGACGGCGGCGACGUGCUCGUGUACACGGGGAGCGGCGGCCGCCCGCGCAACGGCGGGGAGCACCACGCGGACCAGGCGUUCGAGCGCGGCAACCUCGCGCUCGCCUACAGCUGCAAGUACGGCGUGGAGGUGCGCGUCAUCCGCUGCCACGACUGCGACGCCAGCCCCAGCGCCAAGCUCUACGUCUACGACGGGCUCUACAAGGUCGAGUCCACCGCCUACGGCCCCGGCAAGUCCGGCCGGGAGGUCUGCAAGUUCAACCUCGUGCGCAUCCCCGGCCAGGAAGAGCUCGGCAGCAAGAUCUGGCACGCGUCCAGGAAGCUCGCCAGCAUGCUCGACACCAACACCCGCCCGCCCGGCUACAUCACGCUCGACCUGUCCAAGGGCAAGGAGGCGGUCCGUAUCCCCGUCUGCAACACGGUGGAUCAGAACACCUCUCCCACUGAAUUUGAGUACAUUGCCCGCCCUGAAUUCCCGCCGUCAAUGGUGCCGCCCAAGCUGGCGAGGCGUCGCAGAUGCUGCAUUUAUUCAAAGACGGCGUGCGGCGGCGGGUCAUCAUCGAGGUCAUCAUCUUGCAGCUGCGCCUGCCUGAAGAGGAACGGCGGAGGCGGCCCGGCGUACAAUGCCGACGGCACGCUCGUCAGGGGGCUGCCGGUGGUGUAUGAGUGCGGCGUCCUGUGCGGGUGUCCCUUGAGCUGCCCCAACCGGGUGACGCAGCGAGGGAUGACGCACCGGCUGGAGGUCUUCAGGUCCAACGAGACGGAGUGGGGUGUCAGGACGCUGGACCUCAUCCAGCCGGGCGCCUUCAUCUGCGAGUUCACCGGAGUCGCUGUGGACGCCGCCGACUCGGGGAAUGCUACCGGCUCGUCAACGUAUUGGGGCGGCAUCCUGGAUCCGAGGAAGUUUCCAGCAAGAUGGAGGGAGUGGGGCGACGCCUCCGCUGCGCUUACGGACGAGGGACCUUCCCGGUUCCCGCAAUGCCCCGCACCGGAGUAUCUGCUCGACGUGUCCUUGAGGAGGAACUUCGCCACCUACAUCUGCCACAGUGGCGCGCCGAAUGCUUUCGUCGAGUUCGUGAUCCGUGGCGAUGAAAAUGAGUCUUGCCCCCACCUGAUGGUGUUCGCCAUGGAAACCAUCCUGCCCAUGUGCGAGCUGAGCAUCGACUACGGCCUUGAUUAGUGAUUAGCAAAGAUUUUGAGGAGGGUUUCAGU